AUGCCAUUGCUGGUUCUCAGUCUUGCUCUCGUCACCAUCGCCUAUGCUGCCCCACCAAUCGUGCCACCAGCGGACUUGGCACCUUGUGUGGAUGGAGUGAAUAAUGUCGUUCAACUGGCUGAUGUUGUUGAUUCAGUUCCGACAAUCCAUGCGAUAGAUGUAGUCGCUCAGACCUACGAUGCUAAUGGCCACCCAUCCUGCCACAACGGUCGUGCUGCAGUUUCUCUUCCUGGACAGAUCAAGCUCGUCAGAGGCACCGUCGUCGUUACCGCUGCCAACCCCGAUAUGAAGAAUGCAGAAUUGAAGCUCUCAUUGAAGAAGAACUCGAUCUUUAUCGGACAGGUCUGCACUUAUGGAGUUAAGAAGAAGGCUCAAGUCCCAGCUGACUUCUGCCACCAUAAGAUCUACCCAGGUAUCGGAGACAAGUUCCUUCAGAUGCUUAGCACCCCUGGCACCUAUGACAUGGAGAAGAUCGAGAAGGAGGGUCAUCUAUCGAACAUUAUUCAUGUCCCUGGGAUCAGCAAAAAUUUGAACAACUUUGUCGUGAAGGGUGACUGGCAGGCACAGCUUGCUAUAGAGCUCGCAGGCCGAAGAAUCGCACACAUCAAGGCUCCAUCAAACACUCCGUUGGCUCUACGUCAAUUAGGCCUGCUGGUCUAUCAAAAACAAGUCUUACAUAAUUUUGCGAGAAUUAGCCAAUAA